CUACCCAGAAGUAUAAGUGUUGUCAAGCAAAGGCAAAUUCCAGUACUUCCUAGAAUAUUUUAGCUGUGUGUUUAAAUACUGAGUGUAAUUGUUAUGUCUGUUGUGUAAGAAUUCCUACCUUUGGGCUUGCAUGUGAUCAGAGCAGAUAAGCCCUUAAGGGGGGUGGGGGGCAUUAAAGGCCACCAGUACGGUGCCCACCAGUACGGUGACCACCCUGAGGUUGUUUCAGAAAGAAGAAACAGAGAAUGAUGGGGUCAUGGGAUACAAAGACGUGGUGGGAGACGUUCUCCCAUUUUGCUCCUAGCUAGUCAGGGUGAGUAUUAGUUGUCCUCAAGUGUCUCUUGCAGAUGAGAUUUAAUAGUAGAAGGGGACCCACAACACUGAAGCCAAGGGAGUUGUGGAAUUUGGAACAUGACUUUCAUUGCCUCUUUAUUCCGUCCUGUCUUCAGUGGUAACAAUAAUAAUUCUUCAUAAAGGAGAUGUUUAUCUUAAAAUGUUUAAGAAAUAUUUUUGAGGUAUGUACAUGUUGAAAAUUCCCAUUCUUCUCUUCUUCCCCUGAGAUUGGGCUAAUUCUUGAUUUUUUUUUUUUAUGACAGAAAUCCAAGUCUACAGAGGAGCACAGUGAUUUUUGUAGUGGAAAUGAGCAUUUACUCAGGAGAAAACAUUGGAGUAUGACUCUACCAAGGCAUAUGUUUUUAAGAUACUCCAUCUGGGGCCUGUAUAAUAGAAGAUAAAGCAUGUGAGCCAAGGCCUGGAUUUCCUCUGGAAGUCUGUCCCGCCUGCUUCUGGAAUUGGGCGCUAUGCAUCCUGACCUUGGACCCUUACGGAUACUGCUGUAUGUUACUCUUGCAAUUCUGUGUUCUUCUGUCAGUUCAGACCUGGCACCUUAUUUCCUAUCCGAGCCACUCUCUGCUGUCCAGAAGCUUGGCAGACCUGUCGCGCUCCACUGUGCUGCUAAGCCCGCGACUGCUCACAUCUCGUGGCUGCAUAACGGGAGAAGGUUGGAUAGAAACGUGGAGCACAUUAAGAUCCACCGGGGGACUUUGACGAUUCUUUCUCUCAGCCCCUCCCUCGUGGGUUACUACCAAUGCAUCGCUAACACUAGCAUCGGGGCAAUUGUGAGCAGCCCUGCAACAGUAUCUGCUGCCGUUCUUGGUGAUUUUGAUUCAUCAGCUAAGCCUGCUAUUACAGCAGAAGAAAGAAGCACAGGCUUCAUUGGCUGUCAGGUACCAGAGAGUAACCCCAAAGCUGAGGUGCGCUAUAAGAUCCGGGGAAAGUGGCUGAAACAUUCCACAGGGAAUUACAUCAUCCUUCCAUCAGGAAAUCUUCAGAUUUUGAAUGUCUCCUCAGAGGACAAGGGACCCUACAAAUGUGCUGCUUAUAACCCUGUCACUCAUGAAUUAAAAGUUGAAUCCAUUGGCCAAAAGCUCCUUGUGAGUCGCCCUUCCUCAGAUGGUUUCCACAUUCUUCACCCUGCCUUUCCUCAGACAUUAGCUGUUCUUUCUCAUAGCCCUGUAACCCUGGAGUGUGUGGUGAGCGGGGUCCCAGCCUCGCAAGUGUACUGGCUGAAGAAUGGGGAGAAUGACAUGGUGGGAAGUAACUGGAGAAGGUUCCAUUCUCAUCUUGCCACAGCUAGCAUCGACCCAGCAGACUCUGGGAACUAUUCCUGUGUGGUAGGCAACAAGUCCGGAGACAGAAAACAUGUCACUUACAUGGUUAAUGUUCUCGAAAAUGCUUCCAUUUCCAAAGGACUACAAGACCAGAAAGUGUCUGUGGGUGCCACGGUACAUUUCACCUGUGAGGUUCAUGGGAACCCAGCUCCCAACAGAACCUGGUUUCACAAUGCGCAGCCUAUUCAAUCUUCCUCACGGCAUGUGAGCACAGGAAAUGGGCUGACCAUCACUAGGGUCACCAUGGAAGAUUCCGGAUUCUAUCAGUGUGUAGUAGAUAAUGGCAUUGGAUUUAUGCAAUCUACUGGAAGACUUCAGAUAGAAAAAGACAGUGGAUUCAAACCAGUUAUAAUCACAGCGCCAGCAAGUACAAAGGCAGUAGAUGGAGACCUUGUUACUUUGUCCUGCAAUGCCACUGGAGUGCCAGUUCCAGUCAUACGUUGGUAUGGCAGUAGGGGAUUGAUAACCAGCCAUCCAUCUCAAGUCCUUAGGUCUAAAACUCGAAAGUCCCACUUACUAAGACCUGGAGGUCUUGACCUGGAGCCUGUCUACUUCAUCAUGUCCCGUGCCGGCUCAAGCUUCCUCUCUAUUCAGGCUGUUACUCAGGAGCAUGCUGGGAAAUACACCUGUGAAGCCACAAAUAAGCAUGGCACCACACAAUCAGAAGCAUUUCUCACCGUUGUUCCUUUUGAAACAAAUACAAGAGCAGCAAUCGUUGAAUCUUCUGAAGCUACCCAAAAUGAUGAAAGAGACCAAAGAGAUGGCUCAGAAUCUGCCUUGCUGAGCUCAUUUCCAGGGAAGAUCCACUCCAAUGCAAUGGGAUCAUCAGAGAAAAAUGCCACUGGCACUUCUGUCCCUGAUGCCCCCAUCAUACUGAGCCCCCCACAGACCCACACACCAGACACAUACAACUUGGUGUGGAGGGCAGGGAAGGAUGGUGGACUGCCCAUCAAUGCCUAUUUUGUAAAGUACCGAAAGCUGGAGGAUGGUGCUGGUGCAGUGGGAAGCUGGCACACGGUUCGAGUCCCAGGUAGUGAAAACGAGCUGCAUCUAACUGAACUGGAGCCAUCGAGUCUUUACGAAGUGUUGAUGGUGGCGAGAAGUGCAGCAGGUGAAGGACAGCCCGCCAUGCUGACUUUCCGGACCAGCAAAGAAAAAACACCAUCAUCAAAAAACACCCAGGCUUCCUCUCCACCCAUGGGCAUCCCUAAACAUCCUGUCAUUUCAGAGGUGGCAAACAACAAUUUUGGAGUGGUUCUUACCGAUGCCUCUAGGCAUAGUGGAGUUCCAGAGGCACCAGAUCGACCCACAAUCUCCACUGCAUCUGAGACCUCAGUCUAUGUCACUUGGAUUCCCCGGGCAAAUGGUGGUUCUCCAAUCACUGCCUUCAAGGUGGAAUAUAAACGAAUGAGGACCAGUGAUUGGCUGGUGGCAGCUGAAGAUAUCCCUCCCUCCAAGCUCUCUGUGGAAGUUCGUAGUUUAGAACCAGGUUCAACAUACAAAUUUAGGGUCAUUGCUAUCAACCAUUAUGGUGAGAGUUUUCGGAGCUCAGCAUCCCGGCCUUACCAGGUGGCUGGCUUCCCCAAUCGGUUUUCCAACCGUCCCAUAACGGGACCUCACAUCGCAUACACAGAGGCCGUCAGCGAUACCCAGAUCAUGUUGAAGUGGACGUACAUUCCAUCAAGUAACAAUAACACUCCCAUUCAAGGAUUUUAUAUCUACUACCGACCAACCGACAGUGACAAUGACAGUGACUACAAGAGGGACGUGGUAGAAGGUUCGAAGCAGUGGCACAUGAUUGGUCACUUACAGCCAGAAACCUCUUAUGACAUCAAAAUGCAGUGCUUUAACGAAGGUGGAGAGAGUGAAUUCAGCAAUGUGAUGAUCUGUGAGACCAAAGUGAAACGUGUUCCUGGAGCCUCUGAGUAUCCUGUGAAAGACUUGAGUACCCCUCCUAAUUCCUCUGGAAGUGGAGGGAAUAUUGGGCCUGCAACCAACCCUGCCAGAAGCAGUGACAUGUUGUACCUCAUCGUUGGCUGUGUGCUGGGUGUCAUGGUCCUCAUUCUCAUGGUCUUCAUUGCAAUGUGCUUGUGGAAGAGUCGCCAACAGAACGCCAUACAGAAAUAUGACCCACCAGGAUAUCUCUACCAAGGGUCAGAUAUUAACGGGCAGAUGGUAGAAUAUACCACUCUUUCACCCACAAAUCGGAUCAAUGGGAAUGUCCAUGGCUUCCUAGGCAAUGGCAGCCUCAGUAAUGGCUGCUCCCAUCUCCACCACAAGGUCCCUAAUGGAGUCAAUGGAAUCCUGAAUGGGAAUUUAAAUGGAGGGCUUUACUCUGCACACACAAACUCGCUAACGAGAACGCACGUGGAGUUUGAACAUUCUCAUCAUCUAGUGAAUGGUGGAGGAAUAUACACAGCAGUCCCUCAGAUUGACCCUCUGGAAUGCGUUAACUGUCGAAAUUGUCGGAACAACAAUAGGUGUUUCACCAAAGCCAGCAGCACUUUGAGCAACAGUGUCCUCUCUGGAGUCCCCGAGGGAGGACCUUACCCUCAGGACAGCCUGGAAAUGAAGCCCCUCAGAGCCAUGCAGAUGCCCGUGUGUCUGGCUUCCGCCAUCUCUGACUGUGGCCAGUUUCCUGAGGAGAGCUUCAAGGACAGUGUGGUACCAACACCUACCCAACAUGCCUGCUGUCAGGAUAAUGCAAAUGAUGUCAACUCUGAGUCCACAGAAGAUGGGGUGGCAGAGUUGAACAGAGGAGACAACCAUGGCCAUUCACAAACAGAAAACAAAAGUUUAAGUUGGAACCCUCUCAUUCUGUCACCUGUCUCAGAGGACUGUACUGAGAAGAUAACAUGGUCUCCUCCUGGCAUUCCUUUAGACAGCCCAUCGGAGGUCCUUCAGCAACCCCAGGAAACCUGAGGAUGUGCACAUGCCUUAUCAUGCUCCCACUACAAGCUAAUAACUGCACAAACAGGCCUGGGGAUGGACUGUACGAAGGCCAUUCAUUCAAAUCAGAGAAAAGCAUUAUUUAUUUUUUUUUGUAGUCAUAAUGUCAUGAAUGUAUCUUAAAAUGUGUGCCCUUUUAUAUUAUUUAUGCUGUAGAAGUUUCCUCCUCUGUUUCUUCCUUUCCUUUCCAUGGGAAACGGCCUCAUAUUUCAUAGUUUUCAAUCAUCUGGAGAAUAGAGGGGUCAUUCUGUUUUCCUAGCCCUCAGUGAUAGUAAGAACUCAUGUUGUGGGCUCCAUUCUUGCUGGCCAAUUCAGCAAGAAGGGAAUUGCCCAGUCCAUUUGAAGUUUGCCACCAGCCGUAUUUCCAGAUAGAAAGCUGUCAUUGGAUAUUGUGUUAUCAGACUUUCUGAGAAUGUUUUGAAAUCAACCACAGGUGUGACCUAAUGUUUAUAAUAGCAAGUCUGGCUGGUGAACUGUAUGAGUGCCUUUCACCACAGUGCUAAUAAGACCUGCUGACUCACUUUCUGUCUGCACGUGAGCACCAGUAAUGUUCAAUCUUCCAGGCACUAAUUACUAAGCGGUAUUAUGAAGCAGGAAGAGCGCCAGGUCUCCAUUUAUUGCACUAUGCAGGAAGGAAACCAAGGCCAGAAAGAAAAACCAAUGCCUUCGUGUCCCACUGCUUCUUAUAAUACAUGUUUGAAAUUAAAAUUAGUUUCCUAGCUAUCACAGGAUAGCGUAUUAACCAACUUUCUGUAUAACUGCAUCAGUCUUCCCCAACAUAUAUUUUUUAUACAUAGAAACGUUAGUGAAAAUGUGUUGUCUCAGCCAGGCAACUAUCAAGGUUUAUUUCUAGGGGAUCAUAAUAGAUAAUUCCCAAAUUGAAUGUUAGGCUGGUAUAGAAGCUGGUGUAGAUGUCAGUGCCUGUCACAUACUAAAUUGAUCUUUCAUGUUGCUUUGCUGCAAUUAGCUUUGGAGGGAGUAAUCUGCAGCCCUUUCUUUUGUGUUUAGCACAGAACAAAGGCUUACUACACAGAAUAUGAAAACCUACCCUGUGUGUCUGGCCAAUCAAGUUACAAUGAUACCUUUAGAAAAUUUGGGGGACUCAGUGUCCAGGUGGCCAUUUUGACUCAAAAAACAGAAAUGUGGUCAUAGAAAGCCAUAGGUCAGAAACUGCUUUAAAAAAAAAAAAAAAAAAAAGAUGAGGUUGUCUAUGGGACCCUGUCCAUGAGGAACAGAAAAUUACCUUUCGGGCAAUCUCAUUGUGGACUGCUUUAUUUAUAUUAUUAGUAACGCUGUUUUAAGUGUUAUCCCUUUUAUUGUAUUUUAUUUAUAAAAAUGCCUUUAUAUAUUGAGAUAUAUGAAUAUGAAUAUAAAUAUAAAUAUAUAAUUGCCUUUACGUUUAGGAGUUACGAGUUCUUAGUAUGAGUUGCUCCGAACUUUCAUACCCUGCACAGUCACCAGACACAGCCCUACCUAAUGUCGCUUCCCCCAGGAAAUGAAAGGCCAUGGGACAAUGUGGGGGACAGCGGUAACAUUGGCAGAAGAACUACUGUGGUCAGUGCUCCUUCCUGAUCUCUCGUUUAACCAUCACAACAAAUCUACAAAGCAGUUGUGGAAUUCCCCGGUCACGUGAUGAGCCACAGAGACUGAACUUGAAGCCUGGUUUAUCUGGAGUCACCUCCCAUUUUUCCAUUUGGCUUUCCAGAAGCAUGUGGUUUACUCUUUUGACAGAACCAGUCCCAUUACGUGUGCUGCUGUGUGCCCCAGCUAUGGAAUGUCUCCAAGGCUCUGACUGCAGCCCUGGCCUACCAGGGCACAGCUCUGGGCCUGGUAUUUAGUCUUCAGGAAUCUAUAGAUCAGAUCUUGAUAUCCCUUCUCUCCCCACCCCAUGCUGGAGAAUUUGAUCUCCCCCCGCCCCACCCAGCUCAGUGAUGGUAAAAUUAGGCUUCUUCAUGUGCCUCUUAUCCUAGAAUCCCAUGGAUUCCUCAUUGUACCUAAUCUCCCUGCAGCCCUAUUUUAUCCUUUCCCCAACGUGCUCUGAUUUCUCUCUCAGUUACACACUGACCGUCGUCUGGUGAUAGUUGCUGUACAGAGUACCUGUUAUAUUGCAAUGUUCCUUGCCUUUGUAAUGGUCUUUUCACAAAACAUUCCUUGCUAGAGUUUACUUUUGUGGAAUGAAUGAGUCUCUGAAGACUGAGGCUUCCAUACUGGGCCGAUCAUGUGACAUAUAUCUUUCAGCUACAGCACUGCCAGGAGGCCACCUUUGUGAUUGAACUGCACCUGUGUUAGUCCCCUUUAAAGCAGUGACUGAGAUGCAUGCUUUGUACCAUAUUGAAAAGUACAUUUUAUUUCCACUCCUCCCUCAAAGUUGUAAUAUGAUGUGUGAAAUUGUACAUAUUUUAAGUGAUGUAGCUUUGGACAGGUUUUAUUUAGUUGACAUGAUUUUAUAUUAAAAAGAGAAUGCUGCUUUUCAUGUUGUCUCCUGUGAAGACAGGGAGACUCAGACACUCCUUGUCUGUUCAAAAGCAACCCCACGGUUUGCAUGGAGUGGGUGUAAAGUCUUAGAGCUCCAUCUUCAUCCCUCCCCACCCCCCAAGAGCCAGGUACAUUUCCGUGUGUCCUGAAGGCACAAACAGGCCCUUGGGCAAAUGUUGGAUAAGAAGGCUGAAGACAUUCUGGUGUGGAAGUAAAGGGACCCUCAGAGUUACCAAGCAUUUCCUGGGCAAGAAGAAAAAGGAAGUAAGAGAAAGAGAAAGUUCUUCCUUGCACAUUGUGUCUAUGCCAAUCUACCCAGGGCCACACUGUCAGUUGAGAAUUUUAGGGUAGAGAUAUAGUCAACUCAAAAGAAGUUGUUUCCCUGCCCUAAAAAGGGGGCAGGGGAGAAUUUUCUAGGCCUCUCUUGACUAGAAAGCCAACAUAAUUUUGAUAUCGGGUGUGACCCUUUUGUAUUUUAUUUCUCAUACUUAAAUUCGCCUCCUUUAAAUCGUAACCCCAGUCCUGAGAGCUUUGAGAGAAGCCGAAACCUCUCUUCUAAUAAAAGUCUGAAUCUGUGA